CUAAACAACAACUCCCUCUCUCUCUCUCUCUCCCUCUCUCUCUCUCUCUCUCUAUUAAGAAAGUAAGAAACAUUCAGAAUCACUCAACGCUCAACUCAAAGUUUGAAGGUUUCUGAAUGGCGAUCUGGGCUCAGUAUCAUCUUCUGGCCCUUUUUCUCCUAACAUGGGCAUCUGCAGUGCCCACAAAUGCAAACAUGGAAGGAGAUGCCUUGUAUGCAUUGAGGAGAGCAGUGGAGGACCCAGAGCAUGUUCUACAGAGCUGGGAUCCAACUUUGGUGGAUCCCUGUACAUGGUUUCAUGUCACUUGUGACUCAGACAACAGAGUCACCAGACUUGACCUUGGAAAUGCAAAGCUAUCAGGCAAUCUAGUUCCAGAGUUGGGGAAGCUUGAGCGCCUCCAGUAUCUGGAACUCUAUAUGAACAACUUGGUGGGUCCAAUACCAGUGCAACUUGGAGGACUCAAGAACCUAGUAAGCUUGGAUCUGUUCCACAACAACCUCACUGGUUCAAUCCCUCCAUCACUCUCGAAGCUCUCCAAUCUCAGAUUCCUGAGACUGAACAGCAACAGGUUGAGUGGAACAAUACCCAGAGAACUUACCAAGCUUGGAAGCCUUAAGAUCCUUGAUGUGUCAAACAACGAUUUGUGUGGCACAAUCCCAACCACUGGUUCCUUCUCUAAGUUCUCAGAGGAAAGUUUUAUGAAUAACCCAAGAUUGGAAGGGCCAGAGCUGAUGGGGUUUGUAAGAUAUGACACGAGAGGAGGCUGCAAGUGAAGAAUAUGGGGAGGGCCAUAGUUCUUUUUCUAUAAUGAUUAAUAUACUUGAAACACUGAAACAAGUUUCCUUGUGUCAAGUCCAGAGAUUCUCCGUCUCCAUGUCAGAAUGGGUUUCAAGUUCAACCACCUUUUUUUAUGUCAUUCGGUGUAAAAUAUAUAUAUAUCUUCUGCUAUGUCUAACAGUCUAUGCCCUCUGCCCUUUAUGCAUUUGAAGGUGGUUUUUGGUUCAAGAAUGGUCACUGUAUUAUAUAGAAAUAAAGAGAAUGGAGAAAAAGGGGAUGUUCUGUGUUUUAUUUAUCAA